AUGCAUUCCACUAACUGCAGCAUUUAUGAUGACCCUCUCCCUAUUCCUCACAAAUUUUACCAGCCAGGAGACAUUGUCAUUGGUCAGAUUGUUUCUCAAGUCUUCUUCCUCUAUAAUAUUCUCUCUUUCACAAAACAGCCUACACAGAUCAUGAUUGAUGAGCCUAUUUCAGUGCCAAAGAAUUAUCAGCACAUCCUGGCCUUAGCAUUUGCUGUCAAAGAGAUAAAUGAAAAUCCCAAAAUCUUAUCAAAUAUCUCUUUGGGGUUCCAUAUACUCAAUAGCUACUAUACUACAAGGAUGACCUAUAAGGCUACCUUGAACUUCCUUUCUACACAACAUAGGUUUGUCCCCAACUUCAAGUGUGACAACAAGAACAAUCUGGUAGCUCUUAUUGGAGGCUGUGUCUCUGAAAUCUCUGCCAACUUGGCAAUCAUUUCAGCAAUUCACAAGAUGCCACAGCAACAGUAUCCACCAUUCAAGGGAAGCUACAGCAAAACUGAUAACAACCAUAUUAAUGCUGCAGUUAGAAACAUGGGAAUACAGUUUUUAAGGGAAAAAAUUGUCAGCAGGAUCAUGCUGUUGGUGGUGUUGCUGCUCGCGCUGCUGUGUCAUACUGUAUGCAAGACUCAUUCCAUUAACUGCAGCAUAUCCGAUGAUCCCCUCCCUAUUCCUCAUAACUUUUACCAGCUAGGAGACAUCGUCAUUGGUCAGAUUGUUUCUCAAGUCUUCUUCUUCUAUAAUAUCCUCUCUUUCAAGGAACAGCCUACACAGAUCAUGAUUGACGAACCUGUUUCAGUGCCUAAGAACUACCAGCACAUCAUGGCCUUAGUAUUUGCAGUCAAAGAGAUCAAUGAGAAUCCCAGCAUCUUACCAAAUAUCUCUCUGGGUUUCUGCAUCCUCAAUAGCUACUACACUGCUAGGAUGACCUACAAGGCCACCCUGAAUCUGUUUUCCACGCAGCACAGGUUUGUCCCCAACUUUAAGUGUGACAAGAACAAUCUGAUAGCUCUCAUUGGAGGAUGUAUCUCUGAGAUCUCUGCCAAUAUGGCCAUCAUUUCAACAAUCCACAAGACCCCACAGAUGGUUCCAAAUGAAGCCAAACAGUACACAGGGAUUGUGCGGUUACUUCAGCAUUUUAGUUGGACUUGGAUUGGACUCUUGGCUGUGGAUGAUGACAAAGGGGACCAGUUCUUACAGACAAUGGUGCCAAUGCUUUCCAAGAAUGGCAUCUGCUAUGCCUACAUUGUAAAAAUACCAAAAUGGAAUUUUGUUGAUGAGAUGAUAGACUAUGCUUUACAGCGUUCAGUAAGUUAUGGAAUAGUCUUUGAGAGAAACCCCAGUGUAUUCUUUGUUUAUGGAGAACCUCCAUCCUUUCAGGUUUUAAGAUUACUGCUGUUUGUAGCACCCUUAAUGGAAUAUCCACCUCUCGGUAAAGUGUGGAUUGUUACAUCCCACUGGGAUUUUGCAUCAACUUCUGUACAGAAGAUUUGGGAUAUGCAAACCUUCCAUGGUGCCAUAUCCUUCACGGUUCACUCGAAUCUGCCAUUAGGAUUUCAUGAGUUCAUUAAUAAGUUACACCCCUCCUGGACUAAUGGAGAUGGUUUUAUCCAGGAUUUCUGGGAACAGGCAUUUAGCUGUUCAUUAAAAGUUUCUAAGGGGCAGGAGGAAGAGGAAGAGAAAACAUGCACUGCAGAAGAGAAGCUGGAGAACAUUCCUGGAAUUUUGUUUGAAAUGAGCAUGACUGGACACAGCUACAAUGUCUACAAUGCAGUCUAUGCUGUGGCUCAUGCUUUGCAGGCCAUAUACAAAUCCAGCUCCAGUCAUAGAAGAUUGGAAAGUGACAGAGUGACACUUCAGAGUGCGCAGCCAUGGCAGGUCCACCACUUUCUAAGGAACAUCUUAUUCAACAAUAGUGCUCGAGACACUGUGCACUUUGAUGACAAUGGAGAAUUAGUUGUAGGUUUCGAUGUUACAAACUGGCUGAUGUUCCUCAAUGGCUCAGUGGUUAGAGUAAAAGUUGGAAGAUUGGAUCCACGGGCUGCUCCAGGCAAAGAGUUAACUAUUAAUGAUGACCAAAUUGUGUGGCAUCCAAGUUUUAAUCAGGUGCUGCCCCUUUCUGUGUGCAAUGACAACUGCUAUCCUGGCUACAGCAGAAAAAAGAAGGAGGGAGAGAAAUUUUGCUGCUAUGAUUGUGCUCCGUGUCCAGAAGGGAUGAUCUCUCCCAGGAAGGACAUGGAUGUCUGUGUCAAAUGUCAAGAAGAACAGUAUCCCAACAAGGAUCAAACUCAAUGCAUUCCCAAAGUUCUAAGCUAUCUCUCUUUCAAAGAAGAUUUAGGGAUUAUUUUAGCUAUCUUGACUAUUUCUUUUUCUUUGAUCACAGUGUUAGUACUUAGGAUUUUUCUGAAACACAAGGACACUCCCAUAGUCAAAGCCAACAACUGGACCCUUACCUACAUCCUUCUCAUCUCCCUCCUCUUUUGCUUCCUCUGCUCUUUUCUCUUCAUUGGACAGCCUGGAAAGGUGACCUGCCUUCAUCGUCAAACAGCUUUUGGCAUCAUCUUCUCUGUGGCCCUUUCCUCUGUGUUGGCAAAAACUAUCACUGUUGUUCUGGCAUUUAUAGCAACCAAACCAGGAUCCAGAAUAAGGAAAUGGGUUGGAAAAGGACUGGCAAAUUCUAUUGUUCUUUCCUGCUCUCUUAUUCAAGCUGGCAUUUGUACUCUUUGGUUAAGUACUUUCCCUCCAUUCCCAGAUAUGGACAUGCAUUCAGUGAAUGGGGAAAUCAUACUGGAAUGUAAUGAAGGUUCAUCUGCCAUGUUCUACUGUGUCUUGGGCUAUAUGGGCUUCCUGGCCAUUGUGAGUUUCAUAUUGGCUUUCUUAGCUCGGAGGUUACCUGACAGUUUCAAUGAGGCCAAAUUUAUAACUUUCAGCAUGUUGGUGUUUUGCAGUGUCUGGUUAACUUUUAUUCCAACCUAUCUAAGCACCAAAGGAAAAUCCACGGUGGCUGUGGAGAUCUUCUCUAUCUUGACCUCCAGUGCUGGGUUACUGGGUUGCAUCUUUUUCCCUAAAUGCUACAUUAUAGUACUGAAACCCAAGCUAAACAACAGAGAACAACUCAAAGAAGAAAAUAUUAGUUGCAAAAUUCAGGAAAAGAACCUCCAAAAAUCUUGUUAUACAUGA